CCGGCGGCGCAGGGCGGGAGCGCGCUCGCCCCCAGCGGGCCCGGCACUGCCGCCACCGCAGGGAAACCGGAAGAGACGUAGAAAGCUCGCGCCGCGCGCCUUCCGCCGUCGCGCGCGCCCGUUCUCGCGAGAGCUCGGGGGGCGUGGCGAAGCCGGUGGCAGGGGGCGGGGCCGCGGGCGGUAGAGGACACGGGCAAGAUGGCGGCGGCACUGCGGCUGCUGGCACCGGGACUGCGGGCACCGCUGCGCGCCCGCCUCCCGCCGCAGGGCCGCGCCGCCGGGCGGCCGCUCCAGCAGCGCAGGGGCUUCCGCCUCUCCGCACCCGCCGCCGCACAGGUGACGGUGCGGGACGCGCUGAACCAGGCGCUGGAUGAGGAGCUGGAGCGGGACGAGCGCGUCUUCCUGCUGGGCGAGGAGGUGGCUCAGUAUGACGGGGCCUACAAGAUCUCCAGGGGACUCUGGAAGAAGUACGGGGACAAGAGGGUGAUCGACACCCCCAUCUCAGAGAUGGGCUUUGCGGGCAUCGCCGUGGGUGCUGCUAUGGCGGGGUUGAGACCGGUGUGUGAAUUCAUGACGUUCAACUUCUCCAUGCAAGCCAUCGAUCAGGUUAUAAACUCCGCUGCCAAGACCUGUUACAUGUCCGCGGGAGCCAUCCCAGUUCCCAUCGUCUUCCGGGGCCCCAACGGGGCAUCAGCCGGAGUCGCUGCUCAGCACUCGCAAUGUUUUGCCGCCUGGUACGGACACUGCCCGGGACUGAAAGUUGUUAGUCCUUGGAGCGCAGAAGAUGCUAAAGGUCUGCUGAAAUCAGCAAUCCGGGACGAUAAUCCAGUUGUGAUGCUGGAAAAUGAAUUAUUGUAUGGUGUUGCCUUUGAAUUGUCUGAGCAGGCACAGUCAAAGGAUUUUGUUGUUCCAAUUGGAAAAGCUAAAAUAGAAAGGCCAGGCACUCACAUUACAUUAGUGGCACACUCUAGACCUGUUGGACACUGUAUAGAAGCAGCUUCUGUACUCGCCAAAGAAGGUGUAGAGUGUGAGGUUAUAAAUCUGCGUACCAUUCGACCAAUGGAUAUUGAAACAGUGGAAGCCAGCGUUGUAAAGACAAACCACCUUGUAACUGUAGAAGGAGGUUGGCCACAGUUUGGAGUAGGAGCCGAAAUCUGUGCCAGGAUCAUGGAAGGACCUGCCUUUAACUACUUGGAUGCUCCAGCUGUGCGUUGUACCGGUGCAGAUGUUCCUAUGCCUUAUGCAAAAAUCUUAGAAGAUAACUGCACACCUCAAGUGAAGGAUAUAAUAUUUGCAGUGAAGAAAACUUUGAAUAUCUAAGUUGUAAAUAUAUGUUUUAAAGUCCCGCUUUAAAGUUAUCAAUGGUGACGGGCAAGUUGUAUGCGUAACUUUAUUGUAUAGCUACAUGAACUUUUGUACAGUGGACAAAGUAUAGUGACCUCCCAGAAUAUUUAUAUGGGGUUACCCUCUACGCCACACUUUGUAUAAGCAACAAUGUGCUAAUGUUUGUCUGUUUGACAGUUCAGGUGGGUUAGCGCUACCGUAUGUGGAGAAUUCCGAUUCUAAAUUUGGAGUGAGGAGAAAAAUCCUCCAUUUCUGUUUGACUUGUAAUUACCAGCCGAGCUGUGGUAACCUGGCUGUAGCGGUGGGUGAGUGAAGAACCGCAGCAGGAGUCCAGCCCUGGAAGACGCUGUAGAGCUCUCCUGGAGGCCAUGGCCGUGAGGCUUAUUAAAGGUGAAUGGUCAAACUGGA